AUGGCACCAGCUGAACCUAACGCCAUCCCCUUCCACAUAAAGGGGCAAGAGCCCAGCUUCCCCGAGGAGCUUGACGGCUGGAAAGGAUAUAUCGAGUGGGAGAAAUACCCUGAAAAGAAAAAGCAGGCCGAGGCCAUUCUUGAACAAUAUGACUUCCCUGAUCCACCUGAAUUCCAGCUGCAGUAUGUCCCGCCAAACAAUCCCUUGUUGACAGGGGAGAGGUUCAAGCAAUACCACUAUGCCCUAGGGCGUACAGUUGCGUCAAUCCCUGACGUCAGCUGGAAGUAUGUCCUCGAGGAGAAGUCAAAGGACAUGAUCCACGUUCUCCAGUUCCCCUACAACGGAGAACCACCCCGGGAGCGCCUUGUUGAGAACCCAAUCACUUCCAACGCCGACUUCUUCGUCCGCAACCACGGGGGUGUGCCCGAGAUUGACGCCGAAAGGUACCACCUCGACAUCGGCGGUUUCGUCAAGGAACCCAAAACCAUCACUCUGGCUGACCUCCAGGAUGAGAACCUCUUCCCCCGUAAGACGAUGACUGUGUCUCUGCAAUGUUCGGGGACCCGCCGCAUUGAGCAGAUUCACGAGUACCCGGGCGAUGGUGACGAGCUGAUCAACGCUCCCUGGGGCGAAGGGGCUAUCGGAACCGCCACCUGGACCGGUGUGUCACUCAAGAAGGUGAUCAAGUACUGCGGCGGGUUAACGCCAGAGGCCAAGGCAGGCCACCUCGAAUUCUACGGCGCGGACACCUAUUUCAAAAAGGGCAAGGUUAUGAACUACCGGGUCAGCGUUCCGUGGCGCAAGGUCAAAUCCAACGAGGUCCUCCUCGCCUGGGAGAUGAACGGCAAGCCGCUGCCUCGUAUCCACGGCUACCCCCUGCGGACCGUUGUGUGCGGCUACAUCGGCGCGCGGAGCUGCAAAUGGCUGUACCGCAUCGACGCCAUGGCCGAGCCUUCUCUCGCGCCCGUACAGAGGAAAGAGUACCUCUACUACACCACGCAGGUGGGCAAGCAGAACUCGCUGUACUCGAACGGGUUCAGCAUUCAGGACAUGCCGGUCAGCAGUGCCAUCAUGUCGCCCGUCGACAAGGCCCAGAUCGUGCACGACGGCAAGAUCAAGCUCAGGGGCUGGGCCUACAGUGGGGGUGGCCGCUGGCCCAUCCGCGUCGAGGUCAGUGGGGACGGUGGGAGUGUUUGGUAUGAGGUUCCCUACGACAAGAUGAGCAAGAAAUACUUCCACGCGUGGAGAAUCUGGGAAAUCGAGCUGCCUGUGGACCCUGAAGGGUGGCUAGAGCUCGUUGUGAGGACCUGGGACAACGCACUGAACACGCAGCCUACCUUCGUCAGGUCGGCCUGGAACUGGGAUCUCCACGUGACUUCGUCCUGUCAUCGCAUCAAGAUUUAUAGCAUCAACCGGUCGCGUCCCGCCACUGCGAAGAGAUUGAAGAUGCUGGAGGAGAAGGGCCUUUCGAUCACGCCUAUCACGAAGCCGCUGGAGUUUGACCUCGAGUCUGACGAGGAAUGGCGCGCCAACAUGCUCGCGCGGGACGGCAGAGAUCCGGAGGAGUAG